AUGGGAAGGAGACAAAACAAACAGGGGGAAUCCCCCCAGCAGGAAAGGAAACUUCCUUCAGAGCUGAAUAAACCUCUCCAAGCUCCGGCCGACGUCAAUUUAUUCGAAACAAAUACGAGCUAUCGGCCCGGCCGCUACGACACGUUCGAAUUUUCAUCAAAAGUGACGUGCUUCGCCUUCUCCAAGGACGCGCCCUUGCUCGCAGUGGGGGUUGAGAUCGGAGGAGUGUACCUGUUCGACCUCACCGUGCCGGAGGCUUCAGUCGCAGCGCCGUCAGAGCUCAUCGGCGUGGUCAGAUCAAUGCAUUUUGGGCCUCAGAACGGCUUUGGAGAACAGAUCCUUUACGGCGCAUUUGAUGAUGGAUAUAUACGCCGCUGGCUCAUUCGCAACAUGACGGAGAUGAUCCAAAUUGAUUGCUUGUAUUUCGGACAGGAAGUACAAAGCCUGCUUGUCAGUAGCGGAGGACGAUCUGUCACGGCUAUCGGGAAACAAAGCCGCCUGGCUGUUUGGAGCGCUUUGUACGACAACUGUUCUUCGUACCUGACAAUUCCCUGGAUAUCAAAUGGAGAAGCCUACGUCGAUGACGGUGUCCUCCUUCCGGAUGUACUGCUCCACCCGAGGGCUCCUCCUAAUGCAGAAGUAUUUCAUGUCGCAGUGGCUUCCCCCACCGAGGGGAUUCUUAUUUUCAAUGUGAUUGUGGUCGAGCCGCAGUAUACUCACCACUUCGAUGCAUCUGUGCUUCCAGUCCGAGCCCUGCCAGGGUCUUUCAGCAAGCUAGCUGCUAUUCCCCAGCAAAUAAAUGAUCAGCAGGUUGUAGUCCUUGCUGCAACCGUCGCCGAUGCAAAGGAUCAAGUCGCGCUUGUGAAUCUACAGCCAGAUGCUGAAAAUUAUCCCGGUUGUCAAGUGUAUGCUACGCUGGUGGAAAUAAAUGUGAAGCCUGAGCACGCUAUCACCUCUAUUCACUGGGUCAAUCUUCAAGAGGAAGUGGAGUUGAGUGUCAUCGAAGGAGUUUCCAGCCGCGAACCACAGUCUACUGUCACGCCAUGCUUGUCACCAUGCGAUGAUGCCAGUCAAGAGGCCAGGUGCCGUAGAAUGGUUCUAUGCUUAGGCACAGAUAAAGGCAGCAUUCUGCUCCUCGAGUGCAUACACGUUCACGACAACACAGGGACUCAGAAGCAGAGAUUUCGCGUCCGUCUUGUGUAUGACCUCGAUGGAAACAGAGGUCCCGUAUCGCUGCAGGAAGUCCCUUCGGAGGUUGUGAUGGGCCGGUCCAUUUUUGCCAGCUGUUGCAAUGAUACUAUGUGUCAUCUAUGGGAACUGCAAGAAGUAAAGGCGCCGACAACUGUUGAUAAUGCUGCCUCUCACGCCGCCCAGAGAUGUGCAUACCUAGAAAUGCUGAGGCACCGCUGCAUGCCUGAAGACAGCGUGCCAGAUUCGGAUCUCCCAUUUGUAUAUUCAUCGGAUCAAGGCUGGCCAGUGGAGCUUCGGAACGGUGCAUCUGGCCAUGGGCAUCCUCCUCUUUCUCCUUUGCAAGGCCGAUCUACGUGUGAGGGGAAUUCCCCAUUUCUACAUAGCAGACGCGAUGGAAGGACACUGUGCAUGCCUCGCAGUUUGAAGCAAGCCGCGAGUGACCGUCAAAAACAGCAAACGGGAAAAGCUGGUGUUGACGCCGUUGUGGAAGAGGUUCUCAACCGCGUUUGCAAAGAUAUGUCGUUGUGGGAGAAGCAGAAGAGAGACAGCAGACCGAGGAGCGAGGGAAGCGUUCAGGUCACGGCCAGCAGUUCCGUUCAGCGCGAGAGGCCAUUACGGACACACAGCGAAAGGCGGGAAAAGUUCUCCGCAAACGAUCGGGCGCCAUGGAAUGACCGGUUCCACGUGACGUGA